GCGACAACCAAUCAAAGUACGAAGAGUGGGUCACGAGAAUAAAGAUUAGUUUUCGUCUUUCGAGGGAUUACAUCAUUUCUGGUUUGAAGAUUGAAUUGAGGUUGGAAACAAACAGAAGCAAUGGCUGCAGCAGACAACAACAAACACAAUAUGAACGAUGGAAAUAGAGAUGAGUCCCUAGAGAGUGAAGGUAACAACGAGGGGCUCCUCGCUGUAGGGAGUCAUGCACAGAAUAAAUCUGACGACGACUCCAACUUGGAGGAAAACUUGGCUAGGACAGCACAUAGGAAUGAGCUUUCAGAACAAUCACCUAAAGAAAAUGAAUUGCGUUGUUGUAGUUGUGAAGGGCAACCUAAUUUGACGCCCAACGCUGCACCUGAAAUGGUCUGUCGGCUAUGUGGUAAAGCGAUAGUUCGGAACCGCACUCAGCAAGGAAAAUUCAACAGAUCGCACGUAAAUCCGACCAGAACGGAAGAAACAUUAUUAAGCGUUGUCCCUCAGUCGUACAGUGGACAUUUGCCUUCGCUCCCCAGUGUGUCCCUAGAAGAUGAGGCGUGCAGCACCUCGACGCAAGCAGCAUCCUUAACAACAGUUUCAUCUGGAUCUCAGCGAGAUAAAAUCCCUGUAAUAAAUCUGUGUCACCAUUCGGUUCAGCAUCCAUCGGCUGGAUUAACAGUGGUGCUCUUCCUAUUCGAAAGAACCCACCACGAGAGGAAAGAGAAGUUGUUUAUACUUUAUAUGAUCCCUAAGAAAGAUUGGCAGGUGUAUGACACAAUUCGCCAGAGUUACGUAGAUGAGGGGACCAGGCAAGCUUACUCAACAAGACAAAUUUCAUUUUGCGUAAACAAUGGAAGAAGCCAAGAUUUUCACACUGUAUUUGUUCGCGAGCAAAUCAGAAUUUCGUUUCAAAUUGAGGAUCACCAGCGAGAAACCUUUGUCACUCCUGUGGAUGCAAGAGGCCGAGACUUUGUUUUCAGAGUUGCCAACAUUGAAUGUGAAAGCAACAAUCGAGUGGUACCAGGUGCCAAGUCCCAUUUCCGAGUCCAGUAUGUUGGUGACUCCGAAGACCCUUGUCAACAACAAGGAAAAAUCACCUUAGCCAUCGAUGCAGAGACACAGUGCUCCCUGUACUUUUCCAUCGCUUUUUGGGUAAACCUAUGGCUGGUGAAUGGAAACUAAAGCUUUGGUUGAAGUUAGCAUUGUCACUCUUGAUACUCUUGGUAGUCACCAAAAGCAUAAAGUGUUACAGUGCCAAUUCUUACUUUCCGUCUGUUUAAAAUGUUAUCACGUAGAAUAAGUUUACCAGUCAUGAGUUCAUAAGCAAAGCAGUGAUCGGAAAUAUGCUUUCUGGCAAUGGGAAUGUUCUGCCCAGAGGUUUGAAACCUUACUUUGUUAACACAGUGCCUUGAACAUAUAGGAUAUCUUUUUCGCACACCUUUCUUGGGGCUAGUUACCUAAACCUUUCCCAUAGAACCAAUAAAUCGCUUUGCCAUGCCGUAAAAACAAAACACAUGAUAGGAGAAACACUAUCAAAGCAUAAAUCGUACAUUAACUUAUCCCUUAGACUUGAUUUUAAGAGCUGGGUCAGUUGAGGCUAACCCCUGUGAUCCUUGAGUGAUAUGAUAUCUAUUCCCAUUUCCUGUGGUAUGAAGCAACUAGCAAUUUCUCUACUCCUCCUGGAUCGGAUGUUAGUUCAUUACAGGCUACCCCUAGCAUUUUUUCUUAGUUUCUCUGACACCUCGGUGGUACUCAUUUAUUCUUCUAGGCGGAGAGGAAUUCAUCGACCUAGCCAGAAUUUGAAAGUGUACCUCCCAGUCCAGGGUUUAGCCCAAGUAUCGUCGGUCACCCCAUUCUCCACCUAUUGUUUUCAAACCUAGAUGGAUUUUUUAUCAACCAUUUUCCAUGGAGUAAAGAUAGCAUGACCUGGCUGUACACAAGAUCCCUCACGAUAAGCCGAGUGGUCAAGUCUUGGUUGGGUCUUUGUGUUGUGUUAUUGGGAUAGAAAUACACUGCACUUUCGCAUUUCCUCUCCUCGCCCACGACAAUAAAAAGGUGCUGGUAACUUUUUAAGAAACUUAAAAAAAUGUCAAGGGUAACUAUGCAAUAAAGUAAAAAGCACCCAAGGAGAGUUUUAAUACUCAUAUAGACAUCUCAUGCAACUUGAACCAGGACAAGUUCUCGCAGAACAGGUUUUUACAGUAUUAUACCCCGGGAAAUGCUUUAGUCAGCACUAAACUACCAAGCAUUGAACGUUACAAUGAAAAUAUUUGUAAGAAGACCUUUAAUUCUAUUUUAAAUGAUAAGAGUAACCGGUUAAGAAAUCUUUUACCCUCAGCCCAUAAGUCGUCUUACCAUCUAAGACGAUGCAGGCGUUUUGAAACACCAAGGUGGAAAACAAAUAGGUUCAGGGACACAUUUUUAAUGAAAUCUUGUAUUGAGCAUGAUAUUAUAUAAAUAUAGCUUU